GGGCCUCAAGCCACUGCUGCUGCGCGCUGCAUCCUCACCAGUACUAGUAGCUAGUAAAGCCAUGGCUCCCACUGUUAUGGCCUCCUCGGCCACCUCCGUGGCUCCUUUCCAGGGCCUCAAGUCCACCGCUGGAGUACUCCCCGUGAGCCGCCGCUCCAGCAGGUCCGGAUUCGGCAAGUACGUCAGCAACGGCGGAAGGAUCAGGUGCAUGCAGGUGUGGCCGACUGAGAACAACAAGAAGUUCGAGACCCUGUCGUACCUGCCGCCUCUCUCCACGGAGGACCUCUUGAAGCAGAUCGACUACCUGAUCCGGAACAACUGGGUCCCCUGCCUCGAGUUCAGCAAGGUCGGCUUCGUCUUCCGUGAGAACGCCACUUCUCCCGGGUACUACGAUGGCCGCUACUGGACCAUGUGGAAGCUGCCCAUGUUCGGCUGCACCGACGCCACCCAGGUGUACGCCGAGCUUGAGGAGGCCAAGAAGGCCUACCCCGACCACUACAUCCGCAUCCUCGGAUUCGACAACGUCAGGCAGGUGCAGUGCGUCAUGUUCCUCGCCUACAAGCCCCCAAGCAGCGAGUAGACCGGCGGGGCCUAAGAACCACGAGCCUCAUUUUAAUUAAGCUGCUUCAUCCGCAACAGUGAAGCAGCUAGCCACUACUCCAUGGAGUGCUGCAUCAGUACUCCUGCUUACUUUGGGAGAUCUCGCCUUUGAUUUUCUUUGUGCCAUUUGUAUCUUUGUCCAUCUGAGUGUUGUGUAUGUACUACGUGUAUGAUAUGUCCCUUCGGCUGACAUUGCGUAAAGUCUACAACUACUAUUGUUGAGUGAGGAAUGAA